AUGCCUAUGAAUUCGCCUAUGCAACAACGUUCCCUAACAUCACCCGAAACGGAUUUUGACCAAACUAACAACCAAAACACUUCACCUCCUCAAGUAUUCAUUCCUUCACAUCCCAAGGCUCCUCCUCCAUCAUCGCCACCACGGAGCAAUGGACGUGGAGGUGGUGUUGGAGGUGAUAUUGUCCAACCUUCAACAUCACCGACACUGCUGCCUCGCAAUCCGAUAAGUGAUUCCUCCAAGGGUGGUGAUGGUAAAGAUAUCGCUCCCAAUCCCACUACCAUCGUUCCUCCUUCCAAAUCAGUGAGUUAUUUGAAUCCGUUUGAUGUUCUACUUAAGUGA